CGUUAGCUGACUAUGCAUGAUCUAGGCCGACCCUGGUUAGAGACCAUCGGUGAAACAUGCUCCACGCAGGGGUACUAAGUGAAAUUAAUAGUUACACAGGGGUACAGAAAGACCGUUUCAAGAUGGCCUAUUGCUGCAAUUUUGUCAGAUUUCAAUAAAAAGUUUUAAGAAUAAUGUCUAAAACAUGACGGGCUGGUUUGGUGCUACAAUUGUUAGACCAGGCAACUUGAAUGCAACAAUUUUUGUAGCUGUUUCUGUUUUUGGUGUUGUUUCUGUCGCCUAUUUGGUCAUUGCUAACAAGAAAGAGGAAAGUCGAAGAAGACGCAAGCAGAAACAUGCUGAUGCUAUUGAAGCCGAGAUCUUUUCGCAACUUUCUAAAGGCAAACCUGAAUUUGAAGUAGAGACAGAUGAUGUGAUCAUUUUUGACACCAAUGUUUUGGAAAACCUGGUUGUGACCUUGGAGAAGCUUGAUGAUGUUCUGAAUAGCAUAAAGGAAAAUGAGAGUUGGGAAGUUGAUAGAGUACAAAGAAUAAAAAAGGUGGUGGCAGUUUUGGAGUUGAUUUUGAAGGAAGAAUGUAUUUUAAGCAAUACAACAAAGGAAGAGUUUGCUAGAAAGAGAAGAGUUCCCGUAGUUAGACAUGCAGAGCAGAAGUUGUCAGUUUCCUGCAGCCAAAAAGAUUUUACUGAUGCUGGAAAUGAAGAUGAAGUCAGUUCUUGCAGUGAUGAGUCUUUUGUCUCUGCAGCUGAAUCUGUUCCUGAUGAGGAACAGCUGGAAAAAUUAAUCCUUUGUGAUCAAGAAUCUCAGGCACUUCUAUUACAAUAUGGACACAUCGAAUUUUAUAACGAAGGCAUCGAGAGCUACAAUAAUGUAGGGGUUAAAGUUCGAAAAAAGAGAACAGAGCUGCUGGGUUGUGAAAAUGAUGCUGAUUUCAGCAUAAAAGUCUACUGCAUUAGGAGAGCUUUCGAGGUUAUAUUUGAAAAUACAGAAACAAGAGAAUGGUUUCUAGAAAUUGGGAGGAAAAUGUUGAUCCAGUUUCUGACUGUGGCAGGAAAGGAUUUAACGUCAUUUGAGGGGGAAUUCGAUUCGCUGGUUUUUUAUUGCCAGGAUCUGCAGAACUGGCUAGAAAUUGAAGAAGAGUUGAAAGGAAGAGGGGUUUGCUGCAUGUCCUUCUACGAUAUCGUACUAGAUUUUAUCAUAAUGGAUUCUUUCGAUGACUUGGAAGAGCCCCCUUACGCCUUGACUUCGGUGAUACAGAAUGGUUGGCUGUCAAAUUCAAUCAAAGAAACAGCUUUGGCAACGUCAGUCUGGUCUCUUUUAACAGCGAAAACUCGUAUGCUUCAGAGCACUAACGGAUUUAUGGCAAGGUUUUAUCGGCUGUCACAACAUCUUACUCCAGUGUUAGUCUGGGGAUUUCUUGGUCCGGAUGGAAGCCUUAAAGAUAAAUGUCAUUCAUUCAAGGAAAUGCUUCUUGGGUUUCUCCGAGACAUCUUUUCGCUCGAUCGUUGCAGUUAUGAUACAGUAAAUACCUUGGCAAAUGGAAUAAUCAGAAGCGCAAAGUCGAGAGCUUCCUCUAGUGAUACUCUUAAUAAAGGCAUCUAGUUUGCUGAAAAAAAAGCAUUGAAUACCAAAAUAAAGCAAUUGACUGUUGUAUUAUAUUGACGUUGAUUUGGCCAUGUGUUGAAAAUUGGAUAGAAACAAACAUGACAUUAUUUUAUGAUGUCUUACGUGGGACAAAACGGUAAUAAGCGAAAUUAAUUUUUUGAAUCAUUUUCAUGUUGCUCGUUUAAUGCUAUCUUCGAGAAUAAAUUUGUAAGCCUGUAGCAUUUGAAAUUUUUUGUACCUUUACUGAUGAGUUUUUAUACCACGGAAGAUUCUAUACAAACAUGUUUAGCUUCUGGCUAUGGAAGUUCCCAGGCAUUGAUGCCAUCAACAAAAAUGCUCCCCAGAGGUAUAUCCUAGAAGUCACCCUUUAUUUGUUUAUCUACAAGCUCACGCCCACAAAAACAGGAUUCCUGCCGACCCUGAAACCAGCCUACACCUCUGCACCACCUGCGGUAAGGCCUUCCAUGCCCGCAUAGGGCUGGUCGGUCACAGCCGCUCCCAUCAUAGUUGAGGUCAUCAUCGAUCUUCGAUGGACGAGCAACAACAACAACACAUUAUAUUAUAAACCCAACGUGACUGGAAAUUAUUAGCGCUGUUAAUAAUAAACGAGAUCAUAGUGCCAAAUAAAGUUUAAACGUGAAGAAAAGUGUGUAAAGUUAAAACAAUCUUUUAAAAUUUCCUUCUAUCAUAGAAAUUUACCGACACACAUGAUUUGGCCUUUGGAAUCUCGCAUAUAUUUUUCAUUCAAAAAGGCUUUGAAAAAAGCAAACAUUUUAUAUCAUACUAAAGCUUUUCGUCUGACACUCUUCAGAGUAUAUAACAUUAAGACAUAGAUCAAAACACUACGCCAUGAAAUAUAUUUUCCCAGUUGUGGUGUGGAUCGAAAUAGGCUAAUCAGAAACGCGAGCACAUGACUGUUGAGGUUGCCCAACCAGUGCCCCUUGCCUAUUGAAAAUGUUACCAAUGGAGUCCUAAGGUGAAUACGAAGUCUUUCUGUCUACACAACAGCGAUUUCUCAUGUUAAUGCAGAUGGUCUUAAAAACUGCUAGGUGGAACGACGAUCGGGGCUUUACCAAUAAUCCGAAAAAUGUCGCCAUUGUAGUUUAUUGCACUAUCCGGGUUUUCGGAUAACGGAACUCUUUUGGGUGUUAGGAAGGGCCUUUUUCGUACUGUAAACAAUAUGUGGACUAACAGCAUUGUUUACAGUACCAAAAAGGCUGUUAAAUCAGCCAUAUAAAGUUUCGCAUGGCUUCUUUCGCGUGUGAGUGCCAAAACGGAGGUCUAAAACGGAAGAAAAGGCGACAAGUUGUUUCUUCUCUAUCUUGUUCUCUUGCUACAGUUGG